UCCAACGCACCGAGUUACCGGAAGUUAAAAGUUCGCUCCGUUCAUGCGGUUCCAUGUUGAUAAGAGACAGAGAACCUGACCAAAAAAUAUUAAUAAUAAUCUUUGUUGGGAUUAAUAAAAGACAUAAAUAAACUAAGACAUGUCCGAUAACGAAGACAACUUCGAUGAUGGAGAUUUCGACGAUGCGGAAGAGGAUGAAGGAUUAGAUGAUCUGGAAAACGUGGAAGAUGAGGAUCAGGAGAAUGUGCAGAUCCUUCCGGCUGGAGAGGGACAGCAGGCGAACCAGAAGAGGAUCACAACACCGUACAUGACCAAAUAUGAGAGAGCCAGAGUCCUGGGGACACGAGCUCUGCAGAUCGCGAUGUGCGCUCCAGUCAUGGUGGAGUUAGAGGGAGAGACGGACCCUUUGCAAAUCGCCAUGAAGGAACUUAAGAGCAGAAAGAUCCCGAUCAUCAUCCGCAGGUACCUUCCUGAUGGGAGUUAUGAGGACUGGGGCUGCGACGAGCUCAUCAUAACCGACUAAACGUCUGGUCCGGUCCGGUCUGUAGGAAGGAGCCCGAACCGUGAACCGUUCAUCGGCUUCCUGUUCAAGAUCGAAGAUUUCAGGUGUGAUCCCUUCAAACAUAAACCCACAAAAUCAAAGACUGGUGCAAGUCGAAAGCCCCGUGCGUGAAGUAGAAUUCAUUCACAUUCAUCAGUCCUCAUUAAAAACAGCUGCAUUCUCACUCGCGGCCACAAGGGGGGGUAGUAACUUCGGUUAAGUGUUUUUACGAGAUGAUCCUGUUAUAAAUGUUCCUUUUUUGUUGCUUUUGUAGAGAAGUGAAAGAACUGUUUUAUUGUUAUAAAUAAACCAUUUUGUAUAAAUUA